AUGCCCCUCGAGCGCCUCCAUCCCGAGCUAACCUACCUGGUGCUCGUCAGAGUCCGCAGCCCUCUCGACCUCCUCUCGCUUACGCAAGCAUCUCCCGCCUGCCGCCGGGCCAUCGUGAGCCUCUCCGCCGCGCGCUUUGGCAAGAUCCUCCGCACCAUCCUCCAUCCCGCCGCUGUGCGGCACGCCGUGGCGGCCGUGACGGCUCCCGUCGUCUCCACGAUCGAGCGCAGCGCUGAGGAGGAGCUCCGGCCGCUGCGCGCCUUCCUCGGCGACUACUUCUCCCGCGGCUCCGUCGGCUCCGUCGGCUCCGUCGGCCGCGGCCGCUACAUGCAGGCGCUGGUCCUCUGCGCCCGGGUGCAAUGGCUGACGCACGAGUACGUCGACACCACCAUGGGGGAGAUGGCGCGCGCGGCGCGACUAGCGAGGCAGGCAAGGUCCGCCCAUUGCUGGACGUACGUCGACUACCAUGACGGCGGCGGCGCGGACAAGAGCGGCUCGCUGGGCGGCAAGGUCUCGCCGUCGGAGCGGGCGAGGCUGCAGCGGGCCCUGUUCCGAUUCGCCCUGUACGCCAGGUGCUUCCGGGCCGACGCGGAGCUCCGCGGCGAGCAGUACCGGUGGUUCGCGAGCAGGCUGGCCCAGUGGGCGGCGGAGGAGAUGUGCUGCCUGUUCCAGUACUACAUGGGCAAGGUGAGCCGGGCGGCCGACGAGGUGGAGCACGAAAUGGCCGACCGCCUGCUCGCUGCCGGGCGGGAGGUGGCGCAAGCGCAAGCGCACGCGGACCCGGGCGGCGCUCUCUUGCCGGCGGAACGGCUCCGGCAAGGCCGCGGCUCGAUGCACAUAUUCCGUCGGGAGGAGAGGGAGGCGUGCGCCGGCGGCAUCGAGAGCCUGGUGUCGCUGGGGCCGUCGUUUCUGUUCCAGCUCCUGCGCUCGAGCGGCGACGUGCGCAGGAAGCUCAUACGGGACAACUGCCACGGGAGGGCUACGGCGCGGACCUCCCUCCCUUUUGCGCUGGAGUCGUCGCUCAGCUGCUCGUGCUCGUGCGCGGUACGCCACACGGAACACGGCAGCUCUGCCGAAGAAGCCGAAGAGGAAGAAGAAGAAGAAGAAGACGACGACGAAGAAGAAGAAGAAGAAGAAGAUGAAGACGAAGAAGACGAAGAAGAAGAAGACGACGACGAAGAAGACGAAGAAGAAGAAGACGACGACGAAGAAGAAGAAGAAGAAGAAGAAGAAGAAGAAGAAGAAGAAGAAGAAGAAAAAGACAAAGACGGCGUCGCUGACGCUGACGAGAAGAGCAGCAGCGUUUUCGGCAGGGAGCAUGUCCACCGUGCCAACCUGGGCCACCAGCUCUACACUUGCAUGCUCGACUCAUACCGCCGGGACCCCGAGAUGCAGCCCAGGCGGCAGGACCGCUGCUGGGCAGUGCGGAACCUGGGCUACGUCUUCUGGGACGAGAGGCGCAUCUUGCACCCGGCCAUUGCGGCAGCCCUGCAAAGUUGCGCGACGGGUGGCGCGGGACGGGCUCGGCAAACGGCUCGGGCGGAGCGCGCCGAACAGGCGCUGUCGGCAGGGUGA